UCUCUCUCUCUCUCUACUCUCUGUUUCUCAAGAUGGUGAUAGAUUCUGUUUUGGAGUUCGUCAACAAAACAGCAUCAAAUUCUUCAUUCAUGUUCCUCUUCUGUAACUUCAUCAUCAUCUUAAUCCUCUUGGGAAACUCUAAACCGGGUUCCCAAGACAAACCAAAUACCGGUUCGUUGAAACCCAUGUUGACAUCUGACUCGGUUCUCAUCUCCAAAUCCGGUUUUGAGAAAUCCAUGUUGAUAUCUGAGACGGUUCUCUCUUCCAAACCCGGUUUUGAGAAAUCCGUGUUGAUCACUGAGCCUAGUCUUACCUCAAAGCCCUGUUUACAAGAACCUGUGUUGAUAUCUAAAUCGUUUAUCCCCUCCAAACCGCCCGGUUCUGAACGAUCGUUGACGUCCAAACUCGGUUUGCAGAUAAUGUCUUCUAGGUUGAAAUCCGGUUCAGAUUUUUCAGAGAAGGACGAGAAAGGGAGAAUGAAGAAAACAGAGAGCUUGGAGGUAGAGAAUGAGAGCGAAGUCGAGUGUGUGCUUCGAAGACGAGUUGAAGAAUUCAUUCGUAAAGUUAAUACACAAUGGAAAUCAGAGAACACUAAGAGUAAUUAUCUCUUACACUAAUCAGAUUUUUGUUUGUAAUUAUGAAAAAAUGUCCCUUGAAAAACUACGAAUAAGAAACACAAGUUAAUAUUAGUGUGACUACGUGAAAACAUAGUUGUAAUUCUCUUCUCUUUAAUCAAAUUAACUAAA